AUGGCUUCGGUAAAAGUAGCUGUAAGGGUUCGCCCGUUCAAUCAAAGAGAGAAAGACAUGAAUGCAAAGUUAAUAGUACAAAUGGAUGGGAAAAAGACAAGAUUGAUGACGGUAAAAAGUAGCAAAGAUCAGAAUGAUGCGAACCGGGAGAAAUACAAAGACUUCACAUUUGACCACUCCUACUGGUCGUAUGACAGCGCCGACAACAACUUUGCUACACAGGAACAGGUAUUCUCAGAUCUCGGUUUGGACGUAAUUGACAGCGCAUUCGAGGGAUACAAUGCAUGCGUGUUCGCGUACGGACAGACGGGCAGUGGGAAAACAUUUACUAUGAUGGGAUCACCGGAUUCGCAAGGCCUAAUACCUCGAAUAUGCAGGCAACUAUUCUCUCGAGUCGCAGCAGGCAAGGAAUCCGGUGCAUCAUAUCGUACAGAAGUCAGCUACCUCGAAAUCUAUAAUGAACGGGUAAAGGAUCUGCUAUCGACUGAUGCAGGGCACUCUUUACGGGUCCGGGAGCAUCCAAAGUUGGGACCAUAUGUACAGGAUCUGUCCAAGCACUUGGUGUCUGAUUAUGAUGAUAUACAGGAAUGCAUGCACAGAGGCAAUUUACAGCGCACCACAGCGUCUACGCAGAUGAAUGACGUGUCGUCUCGUUCGCACGCAAUAUUUACGAUCACGUUCGUACAAGCGAGCUACCUUCGUCACAAUAACAUGCCCAGCGAGACGGUGUCUAAAGUGCAUCUUGUAGAUUUAGCGGGAAGUGAAAGGGCCGAUGCCACAGGUGCGACUGGCCAACGGUUAGUCGAAGGUGCCCACAUUAACAAAUCCCUCGUCACUCUUGGCUCUGUCAUUUCUGCGUUGGCCGAGUCCAGCCAACCUGUCGAUAAUCGGACUCCAAAGAAAAAGGUGUUCAUUCCAUACCGUGACUCCGUCCUCACUUGGUUACUUAAAGAUUCUUUAGGUGGGAAUUCUAAGACAAUAAUGAUUGCAGCUAUAUCGCCAGCUGAUUGUAACUAUGGGGAGACCCUGUCCACUCUCCGUUACGCGAAUAGAGCCAAGAAUAUCAUCAAUAAACCGACAAUCAACGAAGAUCCGAAUGUCAAACUUAUCAGAGAACUCAGAGAGGAAAUUGAGAAACUACGCGCACAGAUAUCGCACAAUACGGUACCUGUAGAGACCGAAGCGGGAGUUCUAGCGACGCUUCAGCGAAAGGAGGCACAAGAAAAAGUAUUAACCGAGAAGUGGACAGAGAAAUGGCGAGAAACGCAACAAAUUUUGCACGAACAAAAGGCUUUGGGUCUGCGGAAAAGCGGAUUGGGCGUGGUUUUGGAUUCGGAUAUGCCUCAUCUUGUUGGCAUUGAUGAUAAUCUGCUCUCUACUGGUGUUACCUUGUACCAUCUUAAGGAAGGAGAAACGGUAAUAGGAAGUGAAGAGUUCAGCCCAACUCCGGAUAUAGUGCUGAGUGGGGCGGGAGUGUUGCCAUUGCACUGUAAGGUGACACUCCACGAAGGUGUGGCCACUAUCGAGCCAGCGUCUGGAGCUCAGUGCUGGCUCAACACUGUGCUAUUGGAUAAACCGGCUAAGCUUAGCCAGGGUUGCAUCCUCCUCCUGGGUCGUACAAACAUGUUCCGCUACAACGACCCAGCUGAAGCGGCAAAACUUCGCCAAGAGGGCAGCGCUUCUAUGAUGAAUCUCUCCAGGCUGUCUCUUCUUUCGUGGUCUACCACCGAUCUAGCGGCUAGUACUGAAAAUCUCAAUAAUACUCUAUCUGACUUGGAAAGCGAGAUCCGUUGUGAGCGUAUAUCGGCCCAGCGAGCGGAGUUGGAAAGAGAGAGACAGCAAUUCGUGCUUCAACAGCAGGAGAGACAGAGACGGUGGCAUGCCGAACGGGAGGAGCUGCUUAAAGCCCAAAAACAACUCGACGAGGAACGUUCAGCGAUGGAGCGUGAAUAUGCAGCGGCGUGUAGGCGUUUAUCAGGUGAUUGGCGAGCGUUGGAACGCGGGUGGACGUUACGUAGACGUGCGUUGAGAUGUCGGCAGAGAGAGUUAAACGCGCGUGUUCAUAGACAUGCAGCUGCAGGCCGCGCUGCGCGUGCGCAGAUUGAAAAGGAGGAGGUUAUCAUCACGGAUCUGGAGGGGCGGCUGGGGGGGAAAAGGAGGGAAUUGGAAGACUUUGUAGCGAAACAUAUCCAGGAACUCGUCUCCCAAGGAUACAUCAUCGAUGAGAAUUUGUCCCCGAGCCCAGAAAGCCCAGCGUCAGAAACAUCAACGGAGUGCCUGAUGCAUCUUCUACAGCAAUGCGAACCGAAGACUGCUCAUAAUAUUAAAGAAACUGUUGAAAGACAUAAAAAGGAGUUAGAAACUCUGGAACAAGAGUUGCAAGGCAGAGUGGCGUCAGUGGCUGCUCAAAGGGUCAAAGUGGAGAGGCUUCAGGCUGAGUUGGCCUUACUGGCAGCAAGGGAAAGAGGGAUCACUAGAGCUCUGGCUGAACAAGAAGACGGUGACAGCGAUACCUCACCUUUGGAAGGAGUGAAGCGUUGUAAAUCUGAGCUGGUCUUGAGGACCAGAGAUGAUGACCCUCCCGAACCGCUGUCGGCUGAUGAGAGGGAACACUAUCGGGCGAGACGGCUUAGCCUCAGUCUAAGCCUAGACCCCCUUCCGUCAAUAACCUCCCCUGACACCUUCCACACGGCGAGUUCGUCUCCGAAAGCGAUUCCGUCGGAAUCUGACCUGCCGAGCCCCUCUACCACGGCGUCGGCGCUCCCCAGCGAAAGCGAACCCCUACCACGGUUUCGUUUGGGUCACACAGCUGAUGAUAGCGACGACAUGUCCAGUACUGAGGAUUAUCAUAAGCCAAGUCGCAUCGUGGAAGGUCAGUCGUCUAGUUCUGUGGAAAGAUCGCCCGAAGAGAGGCACCAAAGGUCUAAAUAUAGGAGAAGAAUAGGAGAACGUCGCGGUCGUCAAGUGACGGAGGCGGAGGCGUUGCGCGCGAUGCAACGGCUUUGUUCGCGAAUAGCCUCGCAGAAGAUGCUCGUCAUCUCCUCGCUGGAGAACGAUUGUUCUAAGGAGGACCUCAACGGACAGAUACAGGUGUUACAAGAACUUCAAAAGAAAUACGUUCGUCUAGAGAUGGCGCUGCAAUAUUCAUUCUUCGACAACCAGCCGAACAAGAGAACUAUUAUGGUGACUCCGAUACAAGAGACUCCAUCUCUUACGUUGAGUGAGAGUGACAUGCACGUUGCCACGGAAACGGACCAAGAAAAUAACAAUGCCUAUAUACAGGACCCGCUCUUGCAUAGGUUAAAAGAACAAGAGGCGAUAGAAGCGUCAGACAACGUGUCGACAUCAAACGAUGAACUGAGUUCGGAGCAGGCCUGGCCUGACCCUCUUCGGGCUUUGGCCCCAGAGCAUCAGACUGACGACGAAUGCGAAAAUGACCGGGCACCGCUAGUUAUACCGGACUACACGCUAGAAGGUCUCAGCCAUCCAAUCGAUUUUUCGGAGGUAAUAUCGGUCCCGGGCUGGGUGACGCGCGGGGCAGGCGCGGGCACGCACCACGAGUACGAAGUGCGUAUACGCUUGGGCCCGAGGUGCUCUUGGCAGCUGCUUAGGCGAUAUCGCCGCUUCAGGGACCUCUAUCUCUUUACCCGGAAACAGUACGGGGAGAAGGUAGCGGCGAUACCGUUUCCCGGACGGGCCCUUUGGUCUUCGGAGGGCUUGGCCCGGUCGCGAAGACCGCAGUUGGAGAUGUUCCUCCGUCGGCUGUUAGCGGUCUGUGCGACCGACCGCCGAUGUCCGUUACACGCGUCGCCGCUCACCCGAGACAACCUCGUCGCGUUCUCGCCUUUCUUUAGGAAGGGCGUGUUCGAAAGCGGCAAGUGCGGCACGGGAUGA